GUGGAAGAGGUGAUGGCCUUGCCUUCUGCACCUUCGAAGGCUUUGCCCGCCCCUGCCACAGCAAGGGCUCCAAGGCGGGCUGGUGACGGCGCCGGAGGUGGUGGAGGCAAUGACGGCAGCCGCCGACGCAGAAACUCUGGCUCUAAGGACGGUGCUGCUCCGCUAACCCCAGUGGUGCCAGUGACCAUGCCAGGCACUCCGGCACCAACAGCAAGUGGAGCUCCUGCUGCGCCUGACACUCCCGGUUCUGUUGUGGCAGGUGCUCGUCCACCAAAGAAGGUCGCGAACUUCUCAGAGAAAGGCCUUGCAACCCUCAGAGACAAACUUGAGAAACACGUUGAAGCGUGCUGCCCGAUCCGAAUCUUGAAUGGGGACGUGAAAAAGGGCGAGAUCUACCAAACUCGCCGCUUUCUGCAAUCCUUGGAGACAAAGCAAGGCUUCAACGCUGAGGUCCUCAACCUUGAGCAGCGUCUUCGUGGAGCUCAGGCAGCAUUGAUGUUGUUGCCUACCGAGAGUUCACGCCUACCUUGGGACCAGCUGCAAGUCCAUUGCAGUGAUGUGGAAGCCCGGUGCGAAGAAAAUGGUUCGCUGGACAAGAUCCCCGACACCAUUCACAUGUCGCUCAUCCAAAGGUUGGCCAAGGACGGGGCUCCAUCUGCUGAGGGCAAUGACAACGGAUGGGUGGCUUUCUUGAAGGUUGUGCUGCCUUGGCAGCUUGAUGAUGUGGCUGGCAAAAGGACUUUAGCAGCGCCUGCUGUGAGGUUUUUGGAUCGAGUGUUGCCGGAGAUGAUCAGAUUCUCAGAGAGGUUGAUUUCGGAGAAGCUUUUGACUUUGGUCCGCUCUGGCGCAGACAGCAAGAAUUGCUUGACCAGCCUGUGCUUGAAAAUGCUUGGGUUCAUGAAUGGUGACAUUCCCGCAACCCAUGUGAGGCCUGGUUCCACCGCGGAAGACUUGUCCCGCCUCGCCGCCUUUCGCAAAGAAGUGGGGCAAAUCUGCGAUGGCAUCCUUGCUGUUGGGGCCGUGGGGAAGCUGGGUGAAUAUGAUGGAGCUUGCGUCAAGAAA